AUGGACGACAAGAGCAAAGGAGAUCCAGAAGCCAUAGAAAGACAAGAAUCUGCGGAAGGCUCAUGCUUUACUGAGACAGUCAGCGGCAAGUGGAAAAAACGAAAGAAGAGAUCCAAUCCUUGGCUAUCGAUGAAACAAUCGUACCAAUUUGGUAGGGUCAACCUGGUGAACCGGCAAGCGCCAUCAGUUCCUAAACUCGAGCUCGUCUCUAGACCAGCAUAUGCGAUUAGCGAGGAACCAACGACCGAGCUGUAG